UGUAACAUAAUCUCGCUGCAAAGGGUGGCAGGUAACCAGCAGCUUCAAAGUCACACAAAUCUACCUCUACGCAAAAGCUCUGUCUCGGAGUGCAACAGAUUACAUCAGAUGGGACCAUCGGCUGGAAGGAUCUUGAAACAUCUUUCAGCAGAGCUUCCAUGCAAAUUGCCCAGGCGGUGUGUUUUUAAUGAUAUCCUGAAGGACACGCAGCACAGCUCUGCUCCCGUGAGGGUGUGAAUGGAAAGGCUGCAGGUGUGCAGUUAACCAGGACCAGUUGCUCCAACUCUACAGAGAUACAACCAGGUUGAAUUCACACCCAACAGAUUAUGGCAAUUUCAAUAGCCGCUGUAAAUGGUUGGGCUAUCUGGAAUAUUUUUUUCAUGCGCAAAUAAAAUUCUUUGAACGUCAGAGCAAAACUUGUUUGGCUCUUUUGUCAAGCCUCUGAGGGAGAUGUAGAGGGAUGCAGAAGAUCCACAAGUGGAGUGAAGAAAAUGAGCCAACUUGGUGCCACCAAAUCUGGAUUUAUUUUAUGUAUUGGGGUCUGCAUUUUGCUGUUUACGCUUAGCAAUAUUAAGGAUCUGGAUGAGGAAAAACAAUUUGCUCCUGAAAUAAAAGAAUGUGGGUUUUAUCCAGGGGAACUUUGUAGCGCUAUUCUUGAAGGCAAGACAGCCGCUUUGACAGUAGGGAACAUUUGUCAAUCAUUACUCCGUUCAUCGCACGAUCAAGGCCCAACAUGUUUGCAAACUACCACCAACUGCACUACAAUAAUCCAGGACUUGAACUUCAUAACAGAGCCACUUUCAAAAGAGGAAGUGGAUUAUCCCUUGGCAUACAUAAUAACGAUACAUAAGAAGCUGGAUAUGUUUGUGAAACUUCUCAGAGCCAUAUAUGCUCCUCAGAAUGUUUACUGCAUACACAUCGACAAGAAGUCCUCAAAGAGCUACAGUCGAACAGUCCGGAAGUUGACUGGUUGCUUCAGUAAUAUCAUAAUUUCUUCAAAGCAAGAGACCGUGGUGUAUGCAGGAUUUUCACGCCUGAAAGCAGAUAUUAAUUGCAUGGAGGAUCUGAUUGAAUCAGAUAAUCAGUGGAGACACGUUAUUAACCUAUGUGGCCAAGAUUUCCCCAUCAGAACCAAUCGAGAAAUUGUAAAGUACUUAAAAACCCAAUGGAAUGGUCGUAACUUGACUCCUGGAGUGAUACAGCCACCACACAUGAAGUACAGGACAAGCAUAAGUUACCAAGAGUUCCAACAUAUAGGGAUGGCUUAUGUUUCCCAAACUUCAAAGGCAAAAUCAAGCCCACCACACAAUAUAACCCUGUUCUUUGGAACAGCUUAUUAUGCAUUAACGCGGGACUUUGUAAGGUUUGUGCUGUCUGAUCAACACGCAAAGGAUCUCCUCGAGUGGUCAAGAGACACGUACAGUCCCGACGAGCAUUACUGGGUGACACUUAACCGGAUGAAAGAUGUCCCAGGUUCCACUCCUAAUGCGCAAUGGGAGGGGAAUAUCAGAGCGGUGAAAUGGAAAGAUCAAGAAGGCGUGUCUCAUCCCGGAUGCUUUGGACAAUAUGUUCGAGAUAUCUGUGUAUACGGACUUGGAGAUCUACCGUGGAUCAUUGAGUCACCGCAUUUGUUUGCCAAUAAGUUUGACCCUGGAUUGCACCCGCUGGUGACAGAUUGUUUGGAGAGACAUUACAGGCUCAGAGUUCUAGAACAAGCAGAGGUGGAAAUAGAUCCAAACUGGUAUUUGGAAGACAACUACACCAGGAAGCCUGCCAACACCUGACCUAAAUCAUGUACUACGACAAAGGACGUCCAGUUACAACUUUACAGGGAGUACAAACUUUGUGACGUACAUCAUGACAAACGUAUACACAAUAUAACACAGUGUUUGACUAGGCAAACACACAUUCUGAUGGUUGUCAGGCUUGAAUCUGGCACACGUAAUUAAGUGAUCCAGCCAUGAUCUC